AUAACAGUAUAACACCCGGUCACCCACCCUAAUUCAAUACUCCGUAAUCCGUAUCAAACAAUCAUCCCAACAAUUCUCUCGCAGCCCCUCCGAAGCAUUUCCAUCUCAGACCGCCUUCAAACGGCGGCCACUCACACUUAAGCUCUUUUCCACCUUUAAGCUCUCCACUGGAAAAUAGUGUCCAUUUGUGUGUAUAUCCAAAGCGUUAGUGUGUGACUAAAAUGGCUAUGCGGCUUUGGGCAUCCACCGCUGCCACUUACCUCAGGAUCUCAGCUUUCCCCCGAGGAUUUGCUACCGUGGUCAAGGGUUUGGAGUAUGCAGAAAGUCAUGAAUGGGUUAAAGUUAAUGGAAGUUCUGCCACUAUAGGCAUUACUGAUCAUGCUCAGGAGCAUCUGGGUGAUGUUGUGUACGUUGAGUUACCCGAAGUUGGUAGUGAUGUGAAACAGGGUGAGAGUUUUGGUGCAGUUGAGAGUGUUAAAGCCACCAGUGAUAUCUAUUCUCCCGUUUCUGGAAAAGUGGUUGAAGUUAAUGAGAAACUAACUGAAUCGCCUGGUCUGGUUAAUGGGAGUCCAUAUGAAGAUGGGUGGAUCAUUAAAGUGGAGAUAGACGGCCCCAGUAAACCAGGAUACUUGAUGGAUCCAGACCAGUAUUCUAAGAUCUGUGAAGAAGAUGGAGAUCAUUGAUGAUGAUGACCAAAGCUUUGUUGAAGCUUUCCAAUGCCUGGAUUCUUAUCUCAUGCUUAUAAUAUGGCGCAAUUGAAGCUUUCUUACCAUACAUAUAGUUAUAUUUUUUGGUUGCUAAUAAUAUAAGUUUAUGUGAACAAGUUGCAGAAUGUGAACUACUUUGACGUUUCAUUGAGUUUUGGUUGCUAAUAAUCUUUCUGUAAGAGUAGAAUGAUGGGUUUUUGUGCAUGAAUUUUUAAGCAGUUCUGGGUGUAUCCUAUCAAGCAA